CUCUACAGACUACACAAUACACCCCCAGCAAUAAAAAACCCUGUAGCUCCCGUACACUCUCCUACGACCGCUCCAUUUACCUUAAAGAAAGAAGUCAUAAAAAGUUUGAAAAUGGAGACAACGCCAGAGAAAAAAGGUCAAGGAAAAGGAGCAGUGGCCAUCGGGAUCGAUCUCGGGACCACUUACUCUUGCGUGGCGGUUUGGCAAAACGACGGCGUUGAGGUCAUCGCCAACGAUCAGGGCAACCGAACAACGCCGUCGUACGUGGCUUUCACCGACUCCGAGCGGUUCAUUGGCGAUGCUGCGUACAAUCAAGUUGCUUUGAAUCCUGUUAACUCCGUGUUUGAUGCAAAACGAUUGAUUGGUAGGAGGUUCAGUGAUGUUUCGGUACAGAAUGACAUGAAAUUGUGGCCAUUUAAAGUUAUAUCUGGUCCUGGUGAGAAGCCAAUGAUUGUGGUCAACUUCAAAGGUGUGGAGAAACAGUUUUCUGCUGAAGAGAUCUCAUCUAUGGUCCUUUUGAAGAUGAAGAUUACUGCAGAGGCAUACAUCGGAUCAUUGGUUAAAAAUGCUGUUGUUACUGUCCCUGCAUAUUUUACUGACUCUCAGCGCCAGGCGACGAAGGAUGCUGGAACAAUUGCUGGUCUUAAUGUAAUUCGUAUAAUCAACGAGCCUACUGCUGCUGCCAUUGCUUAUGGUCUUAACAAGGACUAUGCCAGUGGAAGUUUUGUUGGGGAGAAAAAUGUGCUUAUAUUCGAUCUUGGUGGGGGUACUUUUGAUGUUUCCAUUCUGACGAUUGAGGCGGGUAUAUUUGAAGUGAAAGCCACGGCAGGAAAUACUCACCUUGGCGGGGAGGAUUUUGACAAUCGUAUGCUCAACUACUUUGUGGAGGAGUUUAAUAGGAAGUACAAAAAGGAUAUAAGUGGAAACUCUAGGUCUCUUCGAAGAUUGAGGACUGCUCUCGAAAGGGCAAAGCGGACACUCUCUUCAUAUACCCAGGCAUCAGUUGAGGUUGAAUCUUUAUACGAGGGUGUUGAUUUUAGCUCGAAAAUUAGCAGGGCAAAAUUCGAGGAACUUAACUUGGAUCUUUUCUUGCAAUGUAUGGAGCCUGUGGAACUUUGUCUAAAAGAUGCCAAGAUGAGCAAAAGCAGCAUUCAUGAUGUUGUCAUUGUUGGUGGCUCGACUAGAAUUCCAAAGGUUCAGCAGCUUUUACGAGAUUUCUUCAACGGAAAAGAGCUCUGUAAAAGCAUUAAUCCUGAUGAAGCUGUUGCAUAUGGUGCAGCAGUGCAGGCUGCUAUCUUAAGUGGGAAUGAUAGUGAAAAGAUUCAAAACAUUGUGCUCAUGGAUGUGAAUCCUUUGUCCCUUGGAAUUGAAUGUGCUGGCCAAGUAGCAAGUGUUGUUGUUCCACGCAACACAACUAUUCCCACAACUAAGAGAAGUAGGUUCACUACAAGUGCUGAUUAUCAGAAAUCUGCUUGGUUCAAAGUCAUUGAGGGCGAGAGAGUGAAAUCCACUGAUAACAGGUUACUGGGUGAAUUUGUUCUCUCCGGCAUCCCUCCUGCCCUAAGAGGUGUCGCCAAAUUGUCAGCCACCUUUGACAUUGAUGCAAAUGGGGUGCUGACUGUUACAGGGGAGGAUAAUGCCACUGGGGUCAGAAACAAUGUAAGGAUAACUAACAGCAUGGGAAGACUCUCGAAGGCAGAGAUAGAAAGAAUGAUUAGUGAUGCUGAGAAGUAUAAAUUUGAGGAUGAGUUGCAAGCUAAAAGGAUUCAGGCCAUGAAUACCUUGGAAAAUUACUUGAAAACCAAAAGGGAUUUCAUUCAUAGCAUCCAGGUUGCCAUUCCAGUUGCUGCCAGGACUAGUCUGGAAGAUGCUAUUGGGAAUACAUUUCGCUGGCUGGAUGGCAACCGGCAAGCAGAGGUGUAUGAGUUUGAGCAUAAGCUACAGGAGAUCGAGCACAGAUGGAAUCAGGUAUUUGGCGGAUCAGGAGGUGGUGAAUAUUCUGGUGGCUUGCCCAAGCGCCAAUGCACGCGACCCUAGCACCUUAACCGAUGUGAAACAGUAAUUAGUUUUUUCUUGUUUAUUGUAGCUUUCCUCUAGUAGAGUUGACUUCGGUACCUAAGUAUUACAAGCCUGAAAUCUUUGUCUUUUAAGUUGGCAUGUCGCUCCUACCUCAUGUACUUUGUUAUUCUUAAUAUUCCAAGGAAUUCUAUGAACUUAAUGAAGUUUAUUCGGGUCA